AAAAAAAUGCAUUUUUCCUUUAAAUUUGUUUCAACAUGAAAAAAAUGAAUCGAAGAAAUUCAAGCGUUCAUCAUAUGAAUUAUGAUUGAUGAUCUGUUUGUGUUGCUAAUGUGUGUUAAAGGCUCGUUGGUUUCAGUUCAUUUGAAUUGAUGGGAUUGGAUCAUAUUUAAGAAUCAUUAAGGAUGGAGAUUGAAUUAGACGAAGAUAUGGUACAAGUCGAUGGCUGUGAAUCGCCUACGAACGAUUUCAACAGUAUCAUUGGACACAUUGAGGAUAUUGUGAUUAGCGACAAAUUUCAAGAGGUCCAAACGGAAUUCUUGGAGAAAAAUUGCAUGCUAUUCACAAAUGAAGAGGAAAAUAAGAUUUACUACAUGGAUAUCUUCAAUCAAUACACAAAAUUAAUUGAAGAGUUUAUUUUGGACAGUUUAAAUAACAUUGCACCUGACAUUGAUAUGGACUCAUUUCUGUCUGAGCUGAGAACAACAGCGACUCAGUUCGAUGGUGAAAUCUACGAAUUUUUAUUUUCAUUGAGUGAUUUCCAAACGUUCAAAUCGUUGAUGUUGGACUUUAAAGAGUACAAAUUGAAUCGGAGUAAUUUUUCAGCACUCGAUGAAUGCUUUAAAAUCACGAAGCUCUGA